UACUAUCGUUGGUGUAUGUGAUCAUCCAGAAACCACUUCUGCACUACCUGGUCUAUUCUGUUGCAGCCAAACACUUCGUAGAUCACACAUAGUCUGGUGCUUAUUGAUGGUACUAUCGUUGGUAUAUGUGAUCAUCCAGAAACCACUUCUGCACUACCUGAUGAGUUCGGUGGAGACCGAGAUAGGACCCCGCUAUCAGCACGGAGCCUCCCGCUACAUGGACCUCAGCGAGUGGCAGAGUGCUGUAGACAGAAUACAAAGCUUCCUGGAGUGCUGCGGCGUGGAAGGCUACACAGACUGGUAUACCUCCACGUGGAUCCCUAUCAGCGCUCUGAAAAUUGACUCUUCUCUAUACUCCAAGGUGAUGCAGCCCAACGGCAAGCUGCUGGUUCCGCUAGUACCGUCCAGCUGCUGCCGGUCUCAGGGUGGUGAGUGCGGGCAUCGUGGAUGGCUGACUGAAUCCAACCGCUCCUGGUCCAACAUGAAGGCCGUGGAUCCCAGCCUCAUCUACACCAAGGGUUGCAAGGCAGCCAUCUGGCAUACCAUCUACACCGAUGUGCUUAUUUUCACAAUCUUAAGUUAUGCUUUCUCCGUGUUAAUGAUCCUGAUGCUGCUAUGUACGAGGUACUUGUACUCCUCCACGUUCAACAGUACAAUGCUCGGACAACCCAGGGGCAAGGCUCCAGGAUGGCUGCUAGGACCGGACUUCGGAUUCACCAAUUGGCGAGUCAUGAAUUUAGAGCAAUAUGCCAAGGGAUGUAUUGAAGACGAAGAAUCGUUAGCGGAUGUUCCAGAAAGGCCGAAAAAGAAAGGCAUAAAGGCGUGUGUGGCAAAUAUUCGAAGGCGGUGCAAAAGAAAAGAACCUCAUUCAGAGGCAACGGGAACCCCCGAGACUGCUCGAUCAAGAUUCAGACUGAGAAGUCCGUGCAUUGACAAAAUAAAACAGAAAAUCUCCGAGAGAAGGAACAAGAAGAAAAAGAAGCCAAGCUGGCAUGACGAAGCGAAGGGAGAAAUAGAAACUGAUAGAUCGCAAGAUAAGUCAGAUCCGUCGAGACAUGACAAGGAAGAUGAGACAGGGCAAAGUGAGGUGGAAGAUGAAACAGAAGGUGACCAAAGUGCUUCCCCCAGAGGAAGUAAAGUCCAGAGGAAAAUGUCAGCUAACCUAGUCGAUGUGGAAGGCAAGCAGAAGCCCUUUAAUACACCUACUGAAGUAAAAGUGUACGAGUAUGACGAGGACACUCGUCAGACUUCACCAUUCAUCAAUCGGACGAAGGACCAGGAUGCCGAAGAGUCGCCGAAACAGAAAAGGGUGACAUUUAGUAACCAACCCAGUCCUAGGUCAGAAAGUGGGGGAACUGGGCCUCAGGUUAGUAUACUGAAGAAACAUUCGUCGAAAUCUGAACCAGUAAGGGACUUCCAACAGACCAGAAACCUGUUUGAGAAAGCAUCAAAAGUCGACAAGCCCAUUCAGAACAAGGCUGAUAAAAAAUAUCCUACAGUUAAGAAAUAUCGCUUUCCUAGCGUUGACUUAAUAGAUUUUAACGAUCCUGUCCCGAAUAAAUCGGAUGAUGUCCCGUCUAACAGUUCCCAACUAAGCGAAGAAUCAUAUCCUGUUAUUUUGAGAAACUAUGUAAUCCCUAGAAGUUAAAGCGGCUGUAUCUUUACAAAAAUUAAACAAAUAUGAAUUAUGUGCAGAUAUGCCUGAUGUUAUUUACAGUUACAGUUUUGAACAAAUAUGUUUUUUAUAAACAA